AGCAUGGUGGUCCCAACAUCUCCAGCAGAGACCAAACCGGCUCCUCAUCCGAUGCCGCCACCUACUCACCCCCUUCUUCCACUUCCCGACAUCAUGCCCCGCAGUGUCUACAAACGUCAUAUGAGCACCACAGACAUCAACUACCCCUACCCAGCCCGACCUCGCCAAAGCGUCUGCAUCUCCUCCGACCUCCCAAAGUACCGCUGCUCUUCCCUAAAAGAUGGCGGACUUUCCAAUGGACGCUGGUACCCCCGCCAUGCCAUAAGCGCCCCUGACAUUACUCGUGGACCUCGCUACAUCAAUAUGCCACCCCGCGGGGUCUUUUCUGCCCCAGCAACAGGGCCCGAUAAGACUCCAAAACAAAGAUGCAAACUAAUGGAGGCCAGGCUUCAUCAAGGCAAGGCCUCCACGCGGAAAGAGCGUCAAAGGUACGUGGCAAAGGACGGCAAAUGUCAAGUCAACUUGGGACGCAUUGAAGAGAAGGGACGCUUCCUGUCGGACAUUUUCACUACCAUCGUUGAUCUCAAGUACCGCUGGUUCCUCUUUGUGUUCAUGAUGUGCUACAUUGUGACGUGGCUGAUCUUUGCCACCAUCUACUACCUAGAUGCCUUCUGGCGCAAUGAUUUGCUCCACUUUGAAAACGAUGACUGGAACCCAUGCUUUCAGAACGUCAACAACUUUAUAUCAGCCUUGCUUUUCUCCGUGGAGACCCAGCGUACCAUCGGAUACGGUUACCGUAUGGUGACGGACAACUGCCAAGAAGGGGUCUACCUGGUCAUGGCCCAGUCCAUUGUGGGCUCCAUGAUUGACGCUCUCAUGGUAGGCUGCAUGUUUGUCAAAAUUUCCCGCCCCAAGAAGAGAGCCCAGACACUGAUCUUCAGCCAGACCUGUGUGGUGUGCCCGCGGGAUGAGCGUCUCUGCUUGAUGUUCCGUAUCGGCGACCUACGAGACAGCCACAUGGUGGACGCCAAAAUCAGGGCGAAGCUCAUUAAGUCACGACAGACAUUUGAAGGGGAAUUCCUUCCCCUGGAACAGUCAGAAAUAAACCUUGGCUAUGAGACGGGAGAAGAUCGAUUAUUCCUGGUGGAGCCGCAAGUCAUCUGUCACGUGAUUGACGAAAACAGCCCUUUUUAUGAGAUGGGACCACAGGAACUUAUGCGAGAGCAGUUUGAGAUCAUCGUAAUUUUGGAAGGAAUUGUAGAAGCCACGGGUAUGACCUGCCAGGCCAAAAGCUCUUACUUGGAGAACGAAAUCAUCUGGGGUCACCGUUUCGAGCCCUGCAUGACCCUGGAGGAGGGCGCCUUCCGCGUGGACUACAAACGCUUCCACAAGACCUUCGAGGUCCAGCUACCCCGCUGCAGCGCCAAGGAGAUGGAGGACAUGAGGGAUCUGGAGGGUUCGGAGUUCAGCUUGUACUGGGAGAAUGGAGACUUCUACGCGGGGCGCCGACACACCAUGACAGAUAGGGGGGACGGGGAGGAGGAGGAGGAGAGGAGGACUCAAGGAGAGGGCUUUUCAGAUCGCACUAGGAGGCUGAUUGGAAACAUCGACGAAGAACGCAGCGCAGACUUCAAUGGCAGCGACUACAACCUCUGAGCGUGACGGAAAAACGUGGACUCAGUAUGGUGGAGGGUGUAGGCAGGACACAAGCUGAAGGCCGACUCAAGCCAGCUCUGGGAUUUCGGUUUAGUGCGGUUGUUGACUAGUUCAACUGUAGGUGGACUUCUUCGAUAUACGGAGGAGUCCCGAAAUUCUACCAGACAAAAGUCAAUCAAUGAUGUCACCUUCUGAAGAGUUUUCCACAUAUUGAACUAAUAUUUAAAAACCACUUAAAGGGGAGGUUCACCCUAAAAACAACUUUUUCUUAUUCCACUGCCCCCCCACAUUACAAUACGA